AUGGGUCUCGUUCAUUUCGAGGAUGGAAAUGUCCUCUUUUAUCCUUACACGCCUUCCAAAGCCGCAGGCGUCAUUUUCUUGUUUCUUUUCGCUGGUAUCUCUGCAUAUCACAUUUGGUUGAUUCGCAAAUACAAGACAAAACAUUUCAUGCCGAUGGUACUCGGUGGAAUAUGUGACACAUUUGGACACUUGGGACGCGCUUGGGCAGGCUCAGCGCGACUGUCCCCUAAGCCAUUCAUGUUACAGCUCAUGCUCAUUCUCGUCGCGCCUGUAUUCAUCUCGGCGACGAUAUACGUCAACCUCGGACGCCUGAAAGAAGCUUUGCUCGGCCACAAAAGACGGAAGUGUAGCCCGACUAGUGUCUUCAUUCUGACGGACAUCAUCGCCUUCUGCACACAAAUUGGCGGUUCACUCGUACAAGUGAUUGCAAACCGAAAGUUUAUGGAGAUUGGAGGCCACGUAGUCCUAGGUGGUCUACUUUUCCAGCUCUUCGUCUUGGUCAUCUACUUUGCUCUCGUCAUGCGCUUUCAGCGGGCUACUCAAAGGGAGACGAUUUAUGUUCAGCAUUGGAGGCGUUACGUCUGGACUCUGAUCGUCUCGGUGGUGGCUAUCUGGGUGCGCAAUCUGGUGAGGGUGGCGGAAUUUGCAGAGGGCUGGUACGGGUUCGUCAACCAGCAUGAAGCCAUGAUGUACAUCUUUGACUCGUUCUUGAUGUUUUCUGUCAUGGUCGCAUUUGCCGUCUUCCAUCCCGGCCAGCUGAAUGAUGCAGGGGGGGUCGUGAUGGGUCCUUUUGGAGACAUGGCCUAG